AGCGUCGUCUCCUCCAUGAAUUCUUUUCUUUUUCUUUCUUCUCGCGUCUCGCCUCCCCAUUUUCCGUUUUCUCCCUCUCUGUUGCUGGUUCGGAGUCAUCGCGGCACACAAAGGCCAUUGCCACAGAGGUGUCGGCUGCCUUCUCCAGCGCGGAAGCCCCAACCGUUCGCGUGACUCCGUUGUCUCCUUUCCUCUUGUGUCACUUCCAGCGUUUGUUUUCCCCUCGAUUCUUGAGUCGACUGCACCUGGUUCCGUCUCAGUGUCUCCCUUCUCUCUGCUCUUCUCUUUCACUUCCCUCGCGUCCGCGACUUCUUCGGAGCAGCGAAUCUGCCUGUGGCCGUUCCUGCGCGCGAAUUUCCUCUCGGAGUUGUGAACAGCGUUCUCUCCCUUCAUUCGCAUGCGACCCUCGAUAUGAAGCAGCCACCAGAGCAGGCGCUCCAAAAGAGAGAAGAAGCUUUGGCAAGCAACUGCGGUAGGACGCAGAAACCGCCGGCGGGAGCGAUACGACGCAAGAGAACGCCCAGAGACGCCUGAAACGCAAGUCCCAGUACGACGCAGCUGCGAGAAAAUGAGAAUCCUUUAGUUAGUCGGGGCAUUGGAGACACUUGGCAAGGGAUACGAAACAAAGAAGGAGACGGGAGCGACACCGGAAGGAAAGAGAGAGACAUGGGAGACGUCAGGAAGAGGAGGGCGAGAAGGUGCAGUGAUGAUGAUGCCGCGUAGACGGAAAAGAUCCCUGCACGUCGCGACAACACACAGACAUAUUUUUCGAGGGAGUGGCUGUCGCUCGACACCGAAGGCCGAGAAGAGAACGGGGAAACGCCAGGGUGUGGAAGUGCCUUAGAAGGGAGAGCGCCUCAUGAAUUGGAACACAAGAGACAGGACUUCGGCGAAGCCCCUGUCUCCUUUUGCUAACGCCUCAGACGCCUAGGCACACGCCGCGGUUUCCAGACUUCUCCAGAGCCUGUCCGUGGGUGGACUCUCCCGUUGUUCAACAUGGUGGCCGCUGAGAACUGUGGGCAGUGAAAAGAAGUCUCUCUCAUCCGAGGAACGAUUUCCGAACCCCCGCGAAGACAAUGGAGACUCAGAAAGACCCUGUGGACUCUUUCGCGCAGACAUUUCGAGAGAAGGCCCGGCACAGCAAACCGGAGAAGGCAGGUGACCGCCACGCGUUUGAAACGCAACAAAAGUCCAACUCAGAUCGUGCAACUGGAGAAAGACAACCCACGAACCAAGGCCGUUCCCUGACGGCGGCUGCACACCUUACGGAAGCCCCUCGGCUUAUGCCUUCCUCGCCUUCUGUCUCUCCUUCUCCUGUCUCUCCUUCUUCUUCUUGUGUCUCUGCGUCUGCUGCGGCAGUGGGGAGUCGCCCUACUAGCGGCGAUGCUUCUUGCGCAGAAACGUCUCGUUGUGGAGCUUGGAGGGCAGCGUGUGGGGCGCCUUCGUCGAACUCAGGAGUGAGGGACAAGGAGGAAUGCUGCGCCAUGAGGAGACGAGUCGGACGUAAACAGAGCGGGGAGCGUGCAGAAGAGCUCGAGGAUGCUGAAUUCCGGUUUUCAGCCGGGCUGGUCCACAUCGUGCCUCCUCCAAAGGAAUUGCCUGAGCCGGCUGCUCCAGGAGGCGCAGACGCAGCUGAGUCUGCAGGGGACGGGAGACAAGCUGGCGACACCCAGGGUGAAGAGCGCAAAGCAGGAGAGGGGGACGAGAGGAGACAAGGGAGGAGGCUUCGCGAGAGCGGAAGGUCAGACGCAGCCAUCCGAUAUGAGACAGACCGUCUUGAAGACGGGGAAGAAGGGAGCAGCGAGAAAGAAGAGACAUCAUUUCGGGAGCCAGGGCAAAACGGAGAGGAGAGGUCAAAGGGCCGUUCAACUAGACAAAGAGGAAACGACGUGAAGAGUGAAGAAGAGAGACGAACGCAUGUGAGUCAGAAAUGCAGAAGAGGAUCUCGGCCUACCUCGUCUUGUUCUGUGUUGCGUGAGGCGUCACCGUCUCAAGCUUCUCCCCCUGCGCCGCCAGUUCCAUGGCUAAACUGUAAACCGUCAGUUUUUGAGUCUUUCGGGUCUCCGGCAUCCUCGACGUCUUCGUCUGUUCAUUCUUUGGGUCGUACACACUCGCCUGCCCUCUGUGCGAGUAAACCUCUUGCUUCUUCCGGUCUUCCCUGCACAACAGAAGAGAAGAUGCGACGUGUGGGGUCGGGGACAGCGGACGACGCGGAGGAUGGGGCAGCGCUCGUGAGAGUUCGCGCUGACGACGGAGAGACAGGCGACGAGGAAGCAGAGGGAAAGAAGCGUGAGAAACAGUCGGGCGAACUGCAGCGAGACGCCUCCACAGAGAAGGAAGAGACUCUGAGGGAGAAACCGAGUGUCCCAGGAGAGGCGAGAGGAACACAGGGUACCAGCACAGCGGAGAAACGAGCUGGUCAAGCGCCGACAGAGAUGAUCGAGGAUUCAUAUAGGUUGGCGAAACCGGAGAGGCGCGGAGUUGCCAUUUCAAGGCCUGCGUCUCCCUCGAGACCCGAGCCCUCAGGUGCAUCCUCACCAUCUCACUGUUCUUCCAGUUCCCCUGUCUCGCCAUCGCACUCUGCGUUCACAUCGCAAUCCAAGUGGGAGGCUUCCUCGAUCGUGUUUCUCUCAAAUGCAGUCUCUUCCUCUUCUUCGCCGUCGUGCCAGUCGCACGCCUCUUCGUCCUUUGUGUCUCCGUCUGCCUCGCAAACGCCGGCGACUCUCGUACCGAUUCCCCCAGGGAUUGGGGUGUACUUUGACCCUUUCGUCCGGGGACCGUCGUUCCCACACUGUCCCUCUUGCGCGAAGCCCACCGCGUUGACUUCACCUGCUUCAGAGGCGAAACUGAUGUCGACCGAUGGUGGACUCAGCAGCUUCUGCUGCUGCGGCCUUCCGAGGCAUCCACCGCCCACUCUUUGUCAUCCCUCGUCGAUGUCCAAAGUGUCUCCCUCAGCGGCCCUGUCUCCGUGGUCCAUGCCCGCCUCUCCGUCGCCUACGUCCAUCACCUGCUCGUCUAGCGGCUUCCACGCGCCUCCGCCUCCAACUUCUUCUCGUGCACCUGCGGCGUCGGUGGGUCCCUGCCUACCGUCUCUGUCGCGCCGGUCGCGUCCUCGCUCUGCUCCCGCCUUCGCUGCAGCUGCUGCCCCCUUCCCGUUGCUGGUCACUCAGCUGUGUGCGCGCAGCCUGCUCGCCGUCAUCGCGAGUGACGACGGCCGCUUAGCGCGGUGGAAGCAAAUUUUCAACAACCUGCAGUUCGGCGUUCGGGCGUUCUUGAAUGCGCCGGAAGUGAUCUAUUGUCGGGGAUUGACUCGGGGCGCUCAGUCCCGCCUCUUGGGCCUCGCCGUCAACAUGCUCCCUGUGUGGGUGUACCUCGCAGUGCAGCCUGAGAACGCCAUAGACGCUGCUCACGAAAAAAGCAUGCAGAGCGACUGGAGGAACGGAGAGACCGGAAGGCCAGGGGAAGCUGGCGAGAAUGCACAGACUUCUCGACAGCGUGGAAACGAGGAGAGGGAGACGACCCGCCGGAUGGAAAGCUGUUCAGGUUGCAGGACAGGUGCCGAUGCGCGGCAUGGCUUUCUUGAUGAAACGCGGGGCAGAGAAGAGGGAGAAAAGGCGAACAGUCGAGGAACCGUGAAAGAGGCAGUCGCAAAGAACGCCGAGGAGUGCAGUGCCUCGAGGACGGGAGAUUGGAGAAGACGGGAAGCGAGGCGAGAGACAGAGGAUAAGAGACACCCGACGUGUCUGGAGGCUCACGUCGCCCCCAUGGCAGGGGACGGCGAGAGGCCGAGCGACGAGGCGGAGGCGCGAGAAACGCGGAAACGGAGCCGAGAAAAUGAGGUAGAAAGUGCUCGUUCUCCUCGAGAAGUACGAAAGUGUAGGACAGCUCGUCGGGGAGGAUUUGACGCCGAGAGCGAGGAGGAGAGCGCCGGCAGUCUUCGGUCGAGUCCUGGAAGCAAUGCAGGAAGUCCCAGGGGGGUCUGGCACGAAUCGGCGAAGGAAGACUCGCAAGGAUCGCGGCAUUCGUCCGGUCUUCCGCCUCACUCUUUGAUGGCCUCCUGGAAGACGCCUUCAGAAGAGCAACGCGGCGCUGAGGCGUCUGGGGGCAGAAAGGAGAGCGACCAAGACCACGAGACGGCGGUGGAGAACGACGGCACAUCCACGGCUUGUCCAAGAGAGACGGAUGGCGGCGACAGUUCGCUCGAGCUGGCAAGAGGAGGAGGAAGCCACGGAACGCGGCAUGCACAAGUCCGCGAGUUUGGCGCCGGUCCCCCCUCCAACUUCGCCUGCCUGGAGGACGUUCCGGAUCAAGCAGAAACGCGUCGUGUUUCCUCAGACGCCAACAGGCGCGAGACACCAGGGAACUUCGAGAUCGAGGCCGCGGCCACAGUACGGACCGGUGAGGUGGAAGCGGCGUUGAGAGUCUCGGAACGUAUUGUUGGUACCAAGUCAGCUGUUUCUGCAUGUUCUUCCACUUCGGCGUCGCCUUUGGCCUCCGGGUGUUCUUCGCCACCGUGUGCCGGUUCUCAGUCACCCGGCGCUUCGUCAUCGACGAGUUCCCUUGCAGCUUCCGCUUCUCUCCCCUUGUUCGUCUGUGCUUCUCUCCCGGCCCCCGACCGUGUAGGGCAAGCAAGUGUGGAGGCAGCAGGUGUAGAGGAAGAGGAGCACCCUGCUGCCGCUGCUUGUCCGGUCUCGUCUGCACACACGGAGAGCGCCCGACAAGGAAGGGGAGCGAUUUCUGGAGAUUUUGGAAUCCGCCUGAAAGAGACGAAAGAUCAAGAGGCGACCCGCGACAGAGCCGCAGGAACGCCUAGGGAGGCUGAGGAGGCAGGUGCGUCGAGGGGACGCGCUGAAAGGCCCAACGACUGCAGGCGCCCGAUGCGGCAAAGCACAAUGAAGCGGCCAGUGAAGGCCAAGCUGCGCGCCCUCUCAACCGCGGAGGGAGACGCAUGCGAGGUGUGGGGAAACAAGGAUCCCGGAGAAGCGAGGAAGUCAGCAUGCAAGAGAGAGUUGAAGGGCCCUCGAGAGGUAGAACGAGAAACGACGGAGAAAGCGAAGGAGAGCGAACGCGGCAUGUUUGUGGAGUUGAAAAGCGGGCACUCCGGUGGAGCUGGAGACGGGGAAGAGUGCAGAAUAGUGGUUGGCGAACCCGGGGUGGAAGACACAAGAGACCGACCGAAGAAGAAAUCACGAGGAGGACUGCCCGAGAUGCCAGGCGGGAAGCUCGAACAUGACGAAGCAACAGAGAUAUUGGCGAAAGAACUGUGGGUGGAACACGGAAAAAUUGGAGAAGAUCGUGACGGACAGGGUCGAGGCGCAUGUAUGAUCAGAAGCAACGCAGAAGGCGAACCAUGUUCUACACGGGAAGAAGAACGACGUAGCCCUGAAGUAGAGACGGAGCCGUCAGAGGGCCGUGAAGCUUCGGUUAAGACGCCCGCUACUGAAGACGCUGAGAAUUGUUCUCUGCGAGACGCAAGUGGAGCGGAGGCCCCGAGCCUCCCGUCGCCCUCUGCACAGGCUCUAUCGUCUUUCUCACCUGUCUCUUCGUCCUCUCUUGUGGCUUCGACGGCUUUAUAUCGGAGUCUGCCCGACGGCAAUCUGGCGCGAUCACCCUCGCAGUCCAGCAGCCAGACUCGCAGCGAAUGUAGUGCGUCUUUGGGAGCCGCUGAAAGAUCGCAAGAAACUCCAGAACUCGCAAGUGUCGUAGCGUCCCCCUUGGGCCUUUCUACGACUAUCAAGCUCCCUCUGUCUUUCGCUCGUGGGCAUCCCCAAGACAGCGAGAACGACAGGCCAGACCACUCGCGCACAGCUUCACGUUCCGAGAUGCCCACGGAAGCGGCCAGGGCGUCUUCUGCAUCAACUGCAUGCAGCACUGCCAGCAGCACACCGCCUGCGUCCGUAUCUGUGGAGAAAAAGGAGAGCUCGCAGUAUACGGCCAUCUACUCCAUCGAACAAGGUGGCGCAAACAGUUCCUGUGGACCUGAAAGAAGCGAAGCGGUGGCGCAUCUCGCUUCUCAGUCCUGCGCGUCUGAGACACACAUCGCGGCCAACGGCUAUGGAGCUGCUUCGCUUCUCGCGGUGGCAGAGCAGUCACGGACAAGCGCACCACAGUGUUCACUCGGGGCGCGACGAAGCCGAAGCGAGACAAGACGGCAAGAACAAGCAGAUGAGGCAGCAGGACGUGAAGCUGAACCUGAAGGAGGGUCUCAGAAAGGUGCAGAGGCAGACGCCCAAGAAACAGUCAAGUGCAGGCGGCGGAGAGGAAGAAGUGAAGGGGAAGGCGGGGUGAACACAGGAACGGAGACACUGAAGGACGGAAGGAGAGGAGAACAGGGACGGAUGGGAUAUUCUGAACGACGGGAGGAAGCGAGAGGGAGUAGCUUCGAGUUGUCCGAGUCAAGCCGCAACGAACCACAUUCUGGAGGAAGAGAAACGAGGGCGAGCUUGAGAAGUAAGAGGGCAAGGGAAAAUCCGGGAGGCGGGGCGUCGCACGAACUGCAGACGAGACAUGCGAGACCAGGAAGCCACGGUUUGCCUGCUGAUUCUUCUGAGCGAGACCUCGAGGUGACGAGAAGAGAGACAGAACCGCAAGCACAACGCCGAGGCGCUUGUCCGAGGCCUCGGCAUGAAACACGGGUCACCACACCCCCUCAGGUGUCAGGCGCGAUGCCGGCGUCUCCCUUUCAUGCCUUUGCUGCGAGUCCUUCUCGAGCGCUGCCUGACUGCUCGUCUGCGGAUGGGCCUGCCGCCAGGCUCGCCUCAGAUCCUGAAGAGCGGCUGGAGCACCUGCUUCUCUUCUACCGCCGGUGGCUGGGGGACCGGCGCUCUGGGAACCCCGCCAGAGAGGCGCUGCUGCAGCACGCAGAACUCCUGCUGCCCGACGCGUUUCUGUUCGGUCUUUUCCGCCUUCUGGCUCAUCUUGCUGCUCUCGAGUCGCGCCUCGAGACGGUCGCGGGUGGGAAAGCCUUAAAGGCAGAGACGAGCGGGGAGAGAGAAUCCUGUCGAGGACUGGAGAGCGAGGGCGAAGGAGGCGCGCGGAGACGAGGGAGACCGCCAGGAGACUGCGGGACAGAUAGGUCGCGGCGGAGACGCCUAACAAACAACGGGGGAUUGAACGACGCACCAAACAGAAAGCGACAAACCCCCGAAAGGCCUGCGCGGCCGGGGCGGGCGCGUACCUCGUCGCCGUUCGCGCCACCCAGUUCCUGGUCGCUUUGCAGCGUCGCGAAAGUUGCGUCCGAGGUAGCGGUUGGGACUGAAGCCCUUUGUCGACUUGUCUUGGAAGGUGCGGAGCUGAAGGCGUUAGAGCAGAAAAACGCGUCUUCGUUGCACCUGCGGGGAACCGCGGCUAACGGCUCCAGCACCGCGGGGCCCAGUGGAACUCUGCAGAUGGCUGCGGGGAACUCAGCGUCUGCCACGGCGUUUCCGCCUCUGCCGCUGCUGAAGACGGUGACGCCGACGCCCACGGAAGCUUCCGAUCGCUCGAGGGUCGCUUCUGCGUCUGGGUGUCCUGGAUCCCUCGCCUUCGCUCCCGGCUCCGCUUCGUCGCGAUCCUCCCGCACUUCGACUCCGAUCCGCAGUCGCCAAAUGUGUGCCAGCAAAGCGGGCGCUGAUUCGCCGGGCGGCUCGUCGAAACUCUGGUGCAGCUCCAGCCUGGGGCGCCCUCUCUCUCCACAUUCCUCGCCUUGUACCGCGUCCCCGACCUCUUCAUCUCGCCGUCUGUCACAGGGGUUUAGGUCAGGCAAUCGCACGACGCGCCCGACUUCUUUGCCACGAGAGACGCGGAGUUCGAAGCGUCAGUGCAGGUCUUCAGAAGUUCCAUGUGACGUUGUUUCGUCUCCUCUUCGCAGGUCUCCAGGCGCCCACACGCAUGCGUCAGAGUCUCUGAGGCAAGGAAGCCAUGCUGGAGCCCGGCGGGGUCUUCUUCCCUGUUCGAGUUCUCCGACGAGGUCCUCUGCCGCGCCUCACCACUCUGGUUCUUCGCCUGUGUUCGUUGAGGGGACCGGUCAACCAGCCAGUGGAUCCGCGGAGAAAAAGGCCGCGCUUUUCGCGGUUGAAGGCGCCUGCGCGUUGUUUCGCUGUAGCACCGUUUCGGCGUUUCUCCGACGCUCGCCAACAGCAGGGAGUCAAGAUGAAAAGAAAGACCCGCGUGAAGUCGCGACGCGACACGCGCGUGCCAGGGACUUCAUUGUGAACCAACGGCGCGGGAGUUCAGCCUCGGCCCACAGGUCAACUUCUUCCUCCGCUCCUUGUUCCUCCGGAGCCGAUCCAGCGCCUGCUGCAUGCGCCUCGCCCGCCUGUGCGUUGGUGGCCUCGAGUUCGGCUGCCAAGCGAGGCCGCCUCUACCACAAGCUCCGCGAGCUCCUCGUCGACUUCACCUGCGUCGUUGGUCGCCUCGCAGCCGUUCACAUGGACCAUCGCCGGUGCUGCAUUCUCCGAUGCAGAGAUCUGCGUGCAGCGGCACGCGCCUUGGACACCCUCCCGAGUUCCGCGCUCGCUCGGAGAAGCUGGCCAAGGCCCGGAAGCGCGCGGGGGCAGGCGGAGUCGAGAGGGGACUGCGAGGCAGCGAUGGGCGGCAACAGGAGCGAAGAAGAACGCGAAGGAAGGAAAGGAGAACCACGAGCCGGAGCUGAGCACGAGAAGGUACAGGAAAACGAGAUCUUGAAAGACAACAAGAUGGUCAAGGGAAACGCGAUAUUUAAGGCAGACCAGAGGGUGAAGAGGCAGACAAGCAAGCUUCGAGAAGGGAAAGAACCGUCUCGGCCUGAUUCGUUGUCGCCGGUUUCCUGCCGAUCAUCGGAAUCGGACCUGGCUGUCAGCGAGGCGCAGUCUUCGAGACACGCAGGAAACGACCACCGGAGUUGUAUGCACAGCGAGGGCUGUGGAGCGGCGAACCAAGUAGAUGAAGGCGACCACGAGAGGCGGGUCGAGACAAAGGUCGCUAAACAACAAGAGGACGAAGGAGCAGCGAAUGGUCUGAAGGCCGUUCGGCGCAUGCGCCAUCGGCGGUCGCCGAGGCUCUUAAGCUGCACGAAAGAGGCGAGCGGACAUCCAGAAAGCCGAGGUGAGGUACUUGCCAGUCUGUGUGAUGCUUCGUCAGGACGGUCGACGCCCGACAUGCAUUCUACACCAGGCCGUGCGGGGAACAUUGGCAUAUGCUGUGGGAGAGCAGCGAGCAGCGAACGCGAGGGAUCGCCAGAGUCGAGAGAUUCCAGGGAGGGAGGAAAAGCCAAAGCAGCGAGUAUCACGGGUGAGAAGGGAAGGAACUGUAUCCUGGGGAGAGAGAGUCGAAGGCCAGGCAGCGACGAACGAAGGCGCAGCGGCAAAGUGCAGGACGGCCAAGCAGUGAAGGGCGAGAGGCAGACAGAGAUCUCUGAAGUGAAGACUGAAAUUGAGGACAGUUGGCACGACGAGGAGAGCAAAGCGGAGGCAAACGCGCGCCGAGAGCAACGUUCAAGAAAGACAGCAGGCGGAGAAGACAAGGGAGGGGCGCUGGUGAUGAAGGAACCGAGAAGACCGCGGCGCAAGGACAAUAGGUCACACUGCGAUGGAGAUGGAGACCCAAUGAUCGAACAGACCAGCGACACUGGCAGCAGCUUUCAUCCCUCGUCUUCUUCGUCUGGCGAAGACGAAGAGGACUCCGAGGACGAAGCUCUGCGACAGUGGGAAGCGCAUGCAAACGCUUGCUGCAACCUGGCCCAUGCAUCGGCUGCUUGCGCGUCGUCCUCGUCCCCUGCAUUGCUCGUGCGGAUUCCAUGGGGAGGGAUUGCGGAGGCGUUCGAUGACUCGAGCCCAGGUUUCGCCUUUUCAUCGUCUUCGUUACUGGCCGGAGAAAACCACGCAGGCUCUUUGUCGCUAGCUGAGUAUCUGCACUUGGUCGCAGGCUGUUUCUGUGGAUGCGCCGAUUCGGACUUUGCACCCGAAGAUAUCACCGCCUCAGAAGACGAAGAGGAAGACCAGGGAGACCAAUGGGAAGACGAGGAAAAGGACGACGCCGCUGAAGAAGAGGAAGAGCGAGGAGACGCGAGCACUGAGGUUGAGAACCUAGACAUAAAGAAAAGAUAGGGACGAAGAAAGACAGCGGAGAAGUCCGCGAGAGCGACGAAUGAGCUGCAGAUUCUAAAGACGUGGACGGUGCCGCUUCCCAACACUGCGGCGAGCAGCAUGACGAGGAAGAAACUAAUCGACAAAUGUAACUGACGGCGUUCGCAGGCUGCCGGUUACUGUGCUUCGGAGCCAAAGGCGUCGAUGGUAGGCGGGGUCGGAAACUGAGACACCACGGCAGAAAGACUGGUGGGUGAAACGAGAACGACAGAAGGGAAACGGAAUGGAAGACGAAGACAGAGCGUCUGUGGCGUUCCAGACGAUGAUUUCAGGCUCAGGAGUCGACGGUGGCAACGACAUAGCUGGUAUGUCUAUCCGAUGAUGUAAAUGGUCGCCGUGGUGCGCGCCCACAUGCGUGUCUCCUCAAUCUGUCUCACCAGCCACAAAUGUGUGGUUGUUUGCCUAGUUGUAUAGAUCUCUGUAGAUCGAUUCGUUGAUACACACCUUGAUAUUACCUACCUAAAUAGAGAUGUAUAUAUGUAUUGUCGGACAAUCACUUUCAACCGCCUCUGUAACUGUAGAACACUCUUCUUUCCUCGAGACUUGGGGUCCGCUUUCGCUGGAUUCGACGUUUUAGGCGACGAGCGUUUCGCGGCUUCCGCAUUGGAAGCAAACGUCUCCUAAGCGUGUGUCGUCGCUUUACUUUUUUACCGCUUCCCUGGCAAGACUCAAGGGAGAAAACGCCGGGCUGCCUUUCUUCCGUCGCCUCGAAUCAGAGAGCAUGAAAUGGACACAAGGACCCUUUCCGUUCACUUCAUCUCUGACGAAAGGAGUGACGGAACUGAAGAACGCUGCUUCUAGUGUCUCUCGUGUUUUUGGACUGGUAGAGGGAGCAGAGACCGGAAGGCGUUUUUUAUGUUCAUUCGGCCGGGCAGUGUAAGAGAAAAAUGAGCUCCAGCUAAUGAUGGGCAUGCUAGUUGUCAAGAGCGGAAAUUCUCAAACGCGUCGUGCGUCAUCCUUGCGUUCGUGUGUGGAUGUCGACAAGGGAGCAGAAAUAAGGGACAGCAGUCUCCCGGUUUUUUUGUAUAGAGACAGAGGCAAGGAGGCAAGGGCGAAAUGUGCGUUUGCUUCUUUUUCUUCUGUUCCGGGGAUCAACACAAUACAAUAUAUUGAAGCAUUUUUUUGAACAAGAAACAUC